AUGAUUAGUCGACUGUUUACACAAGUGGUUGCCAGAUCAUCACACAAGCUAUUCAGAGUAAGGCGACAUAUCCACAAAUCAAAUACCCUUUGCGACUCAGCAGACCUUGCAGAAGCGCCACGAAUAAACCAAGUAGGGAUCCAAUACUUGUCCAAUCAGUUACACAAGAAAGUCUUUCCCACAACUAAAGUGGAUGACUAUCUCAAUCCAAAGCAUCCAGAACUUCUAGAAACAGCAAAGCAACACCUACAAGCUAAUGAUCUACUAGGGAAAAAGACGCAAAUCACAGAUCCGAUCAACAUCAACCAUUUUCCCGACAUGGUUGGUAAAACCCUCGAUGAACAUUUCUACAAGCUUGGACAAAAAUCAGCAGAGCCAUAUUUAUCAAUGGCACAAAAUUUCCUUCUGCCAGAGUCAUCAAUUCCCCCAAUACCAUCACAAGAUGAAUGGAUUAUGCAGUCAGGAUGGACGAGAUACACGUGCGAAGGAGAACCAGAGCAAGUACCGUAUCCACUAGAAGAUGAACUUGUAUUUGAUGUGGAGGUACUAUACAAGAUCAAAAAGUUUCCAAUCAUUGCCACAUGUGCAUCAUCCAAGGCAUGGUAUGGCUGGGUGUCACCCACAUUGCUUGAUGCUAACAACCGAUGGAAAAAGACAAUCGACUACAACCAUCUAAUACCAAUGAAUUGCGCCAAACAACCUAAAUUGAUCAUUGGGUACAAUGUAAGUUACGAUCGUGCGAGGAUCUUGGAAGAGUAUAAUAUCAAGAGAUCAAAGGCUUUCUACCUUGAUGGGAUGGCUAUGCAUGUAGCAAUAAGUGGCAUAUGUUCGCGACAGCGACCCAUGUGGCAAAAAUUCAACAAAGCGCAAACCAAAGCAGAGCUUGCGGAGGAAGAGCAUGAGGAUGAUGAUGGGGAGCUUGUUAUACAUGGAGAAGAGGAGUACGAUCCAGCCAUUUCGAUUCAAGAAGAUCCUUGGUUAUUAUCAGGAUCACCAAAUUCAUUAGCAAAUGUGGCAAAAUUUCAUUGCGGGAUUGAAAUGAACAAGAAUGAUCGUGAAUAUUUUGCUUCGGAAGAUCCUCGGGUGAUUGUAAAGAAUUUUAACAUGUUAAUGGAUUACUGUGCACAUGAUGUUGAUGCCACAUACACUGUAACGAAGAAAUUAUUCCCUGAGUUCUUUACAAAAGUACCACACCCAGUAUCGUUUGCUGCAUUGAAGCAUUUAGGUUCGUUGAUUUUGCCAACAAGCACCAAUUGGAAGAAAUAUAUAGAGUCAGCAGAAUCAUGCUACGAGGCUAAUCGAGCUGAGGUUUACGACACCUUAAAAAGGUUGGCGUUUGACUUGAUCAAAUAUAUUGAGCAAAACGACUCCAAAUUGAAACCAGAGUAUGAGUCCGAUCCAUGGUUGAGCCAGUUGAACUGGGAUUUGAAAAAGGGGAGAUUUAAAAAGGAUGGGUCUCCUUAUAAGAAUAACGCAUACCUAACUGGAUACCCCGAAUGGUAUAGAGAGCUAUGGGGCUCUAUAUCUCCAGCUGGAAGUCAAAUGAACCUUACUUUGAAAUCGAGGAUAACUCCACUCUUGCUUAAACUAAAGUGGGAAGGGUAUCCUCUAUUUUGGACCAAUUCAGAAGGUUGGUGCUUCAAAGUGCCGUUUGACGAAGAAGUGUUUGCAUAUUUGUUUACCAAAAAGUAUGUACGUGCCACAUUGACAGAGGAAGAGAUUGAUGCAACACACGAACUUCUAUAUGAGGAUGGGAAAUCGUAUGUUUUAUUCAAGAUACCACACCCAGACGGCCCCAACAAGCGUUGCACAUCAGUUCUCUCAAAGAACUAUAUGAGGUAUUUUGAUGAUGGGACGCUUACUUCAGAAUACGACUAUACUAAGAAGAUCUUGAAGCUCAAUAACGAAGCGUCGUAUUGGAUGGGGAACCGGAACCGAAUCAUGGAUCAAUUUGUUGUUUUCAAUAAAGAGGGAAAGAAUAAAUUUUUUGAUACGAAAAAAGAGUGUCAAGAGCAUAAGGAUAUGGGUAUAAUUAUCCCAAACUUGGCAUCUAUGGGCACAAUUACUAGAAGGGCCACUGAAAAUACCUGGCUCACGGCGUCUAAUUCGAAAAAGAAUCGUAUUGGCUCGGAAUUGAAAAGCUUAAUUGAAGCUCCAGAGGGUUACUGUUUUAUUGGAGCUGAUGUCGAUUCGGAAGAAUUGUGGAUAGCCUCUUUAGUUGGUGAUUCGAUGUUUGAAAUCCAUGGUGGAUCCGCAUUAGGUUGGAUGACAUUGGAAGGUGAGAAACUGCAAGGGACGGAUUUGCAUUCCAAAACCGCUAGUAUUUUGGGAAUUUCUCGUAAUGACGCCAAAGUGUUUAAUUAUGGUAGAAUCUACGGUGCGGGGAUAACAUUUGCCACGCGAUUAUUGAAGCAGUUUAACAAUGAACUAUCAGAUAGUGAAGCUGAGGAAAUUGCCAAAAAAUUAUAUGCUAGUACUAAAGGCAUGAGCCAAAACCCAAGAUCAUUGGGCCUGAAAAAGAUGUAUUAUGGUGGCAGUGAAUCAGUCAUGUUUAAUGCUUUGGAAGCAAUUGCUCAUCAGCCCGAGCCCAAAACGCCAGUGUUGGGAGCUUCAAUCACUGAUGCUUUGAAUGCCAAGAACUUGAAAAAGAAUACUUAUAUGACCUCGAGAGUGAAUUGGACAAUUCAAAGUUCAGGUGUUGAUUACUUACAUUUAUUGAUUAUAUCAAUGGAAUAUUUGAUUGAGAAAUAUGGUCUUGACGCAAGAUUGGCAAUAACGGUGCAUGAUGAGUUGCGAUACCUCGUCAAAGAAAAGGACAAAUAUCUUGCUGCUUUGCUUUUACAAAUUAGUAAUCUCUGGACGAGAGCUAUGUUCUGUGAACAAUUGGGUAUUAAGGAAGUGCCUCAAUCGUGUGCAUUCUUUUCUGAAGUUGACAUUGAUCAUGUAUUGCGAAAGGAAGUGGGAAUGGAUUGUGUGACUCCUUCCCAUCCUGAUCCAAUUCCACCAGGGGAAUCAUUGGAUAUAAAGCAAUUAUUGGAGAAGACCGAUAAUGGAGAUAUUUUGAAUUGUAAUCCAAAGUUAAUGACAUUAAGAACAACAAAGUAUGAACCAAGAGUGCCAGUUAUGCAAACAUUACGCGAUGGAUGGACUGAACAAGCGAGUAACCAAUUGAUUAGAUUACAGACUUCGACAAAUAAAGAAGAAUGGAUCCAAAAUUUGCGACAAUUAAACAGGGUGAUUAAGACCUAUGUAACUGAUGAACAAAAGGAGAUUUUGCAGAAAAUACAUCAGGAUGGUAUCAAUGAGAGGUCACCUGUUAUCGUUUACCGACGUGAUCGCAAAAAACGUACACUGAAACAAGAUGACAAUAAGGAAGCCCCGGAUUUUGAUUUGGAAGUGAAGCCACUGAAAGAGAAUACACAACGCAAGAGUCGGGGAGGAGAAAAGUCAGCAAAAGGUGGAACCAGUAAGCAGGCAUCAGCAAAGCGGGGGAAAAGAAAUACUGAAGGGCAUAUAAUGGGUGAUACUAGUGCGACAUCCCGAUAUGAGAAAUCAAGUGUCGAUGCAGGAUUUGGACUGGCUGUUUCUGGAGCUACCUAUUCCCAAUCAAUUGGCAAUUUUGAGGACACCUAUGAUUCGUCAAAUGAUGCAAACCACGAAUCAAGAAAAUUUAAAGAAGCAGUGGUGGCGUCGACAGCAAUGCAUCUGCAACCUGCAGUUGCUUCUACGCGCAAAAAUUCAUACCCAUUCCAACAGCAUCAUCAAGCAACGCCACAUUACAAUGGGCCACUGGUUCGGCCCAAUUCUUCAAGAGUGGGAUUUGCCAACAAAAUGGGAUACCAUACAAUUUCCGCAUACAUAGUCCACAGACAAGCUCAUACACCAUCGGCUAUACAUGAAAAUGCAGUUAGAUCCUCGUAUCGUGAAAGUAUAUCAGAUCAAUUAAUGGUUGAUUGUGAUUAUAAAACUUGUUUUGUUGAACGAUUUGAGACAAGGAUUCGACCGCGCCGACGACGAGUGAGUUAUUCUGGGUUGAGGAUGGCGGAGAAGGAGGAGUUGGGCAGAGGUGAAGGAAUGGGUAUAAUGGCGAAGAGUGAAUGGAGGAUGAAACGACGACAAAGAAACAACUUGUUUCAGGUGUGA